AUGGUCGUUUUCCCCAGGGCGAAGGGGGCGGGCGGUGUCCGGCACGCUCCUCCGCAAUGGAGGCUCGUGAGCUUCCGGCAGUGUUCCUCCAACGAGGGGAACGCGUAUGCCGCGAAGAACAAUGCUACGCAGAGCCCGGACGAGCAGUUUCUGCAGCUCUCCUUGGAGGAGGGAGAAGGCGAUGGCACGGUGAGCGGUAUCAGCGAAAGCGUGCUGCAAGAUGUGAAGAAGAGCGCGAUCGAGCUGCUUGCUAUCAGAGCAUACACUGUUUCUGAGCUUAGGAAGAAACUAUGUGGUAAGAAUUAUUCUGUCGAUACAGUUGAUUCUGUGAUUGCUGAUUUCAAGUCAAGAGGUCUGUUGAAUGAUGGUUAUUACGCGGAAUCAUUUUCACGAUCCCGGUGGCAAUCAUCAACCUGGGGUCCAAGGCGUAUAAAGCAGGCACUUCGCCAAAAAGGUGUGCCAGAGGCCGAGGUGGACCAGGCGACAAGGAGUGUGUUCCAGGACGUCCAGGGCGAUGAAGAACAGACGACACAUGGGUUCUCCAAAGCUUCCAUGGACCAUCUCUUUGCUCAAGCCUCGAAGCAGUGGCAGCGAGGGGGGAGCUUGCCCCUGGAGAAACGGCGCGCGCGCAUAGUGAGGUGGCUUCAGUACAGAGGGUUCAACUGGGCCGUGACCAACAGCAUCAUCAGGAAGCUGGAGGCGCAGCAUCCUCCCUGACCCGAGCCUUCUGCUGUAUGUUGUUUCUGUUGUGAGUUAGUCUGGCAAGUGUCUGCUGCUAUGCCUAUGUCUUCUCUAUCAUGUUUUCUGCGGAUGCACAUCAUGUUUUGAGCUGAACAU